GCCCGGGUCGGCGGAGGCCGGGCGGCCGGAGAGCGGGCGCCAUGGAGAAGCGCAGCCGGCUCGCGAAGGCGGCCCAGGCUCUGCAGUCUGCGCAGCUCCCUCCGACGCCUAAGAAGGAGCGGAGGCUGAGCAUGUUCGAGAAGGAGUCCUACGCACAAAUUUUAAAAGAACGACUGAGAGAAUCUAUUCAUGAUGUUCAGUAUGUGGAGCCUCCAUUUGAUGACUCGAUUGCUGAUAUAGGUAAAGAAUGGAAGAGUGCCCUAGCAAAGCUGAAGUUUGCCAACUCAUAUCGAAUGGAACCACUGAAAAAAUUUCAAGCUCAUUCUGUAGAAAUGAAAGCCCAGCAGAUAUUAGAGGCUGCUCUAAAAGAUGUCAAAUAUGAUGAUAAGCUCUUCUCUCAUUUGUCACUUGAGUUAGCAGACCAAGUAUUAUCAGCUGUCAAAGAAUUUGGGUACCACCGUUACAAGAUCAUUAUAAAAAUAUUAUUAAUUCAAAAAACUGGUCAGGCAAUAAAUAUUGCCAGCAGAUGGAUAUGGGAUGUUGCUUGGGAUAGCUGGGUUGCUGCCAAGCAUGAAACUGAAGGUUACGUGGCGUUGGUCUUGGUAUUUGCUCUUUAUUGUGAAUAGCUUGAUGUGUACUAAAGAGCGUUUCAUUCUGAGCAUCUCCCCAAAACAUGGAAUUUAUGGAUUUUGAGGCUCAAUUUUUUCUUAUUGAAACUUUUAAUUGUAUUUUGUUAACAACAAACAAGUAAAAGCUUUUAUUUACCUUAACACUUACUAGUUAAUAUAUUUGUUAACAGUCUGUUAGCCCAAAGUAUA